AUGUUUGACAACGAUGAAGUUCAUGAUGGAUGGAUUUUGCUUGUCCGGCAGAUGGGCAAUACGGAAAAAGUCCAAGGGUACGAUAGAUGGCAUUCUUGGCAUCACCACAUGGAGGGCGCAUCUGUCCAGGUGCAGGGGCAGGAUACUUUGCAGCUGUGUCGGGUCCAUUCCACUGGGGAUCUGGAACACCAAGUCGGGUACUGGUACUUCAACUGUAUACAAGUACUAAAAGAGACGACAGUCUUCUUUUGGUCUUGCAAAAGGAACAGCGUCAAAUAA